GAUGACUGUGUUGCGUUUUUGCUUGCUCUUCUUUUCUCACAAGCAAGCAAGCACUGACAACAACGCAAAGACAUGGUGGUGAGUUGGUGGCGAGUGGGUGUUGGCGUGGGGGUGUUGGCGGUGCUGCUGACGCUGGGGUACAAGGUGGCCCCACUGGACACGGCCGCAACUCUGCAAGCCGUGCUGCUGAUCCCCGUUCACCUGGGCAAGGCCGCGGCGCUGGUCAUCGACGCAUCCUACCACGCCGGGUUCGUUGUCGUGGAGCUGUGCCUCGCGGCUGCCCGUGCUGGCUUACAGGUCUACAACCCGGAACACGUCCCCACCCCACCGCAUCAGCAGGCACAGCAGCAGCGCUCCGUGGACGUGAGCUGGCAGGAGGCGCUGCUUGCAGCACGCCACGACAUCUCCGCCUUUGACGACGCCGCGAGCGGCAAUGACGCUCUUGCCUGGACUAAAGCGGGCGUCGUGCCGGGCAUGCUGAACCAGGCGGUGGUGAUCACGGGAGCAUCCUCAGGCAUCGGGAAGGACGUGGCGCUGUUGGCUGCGGAAGCCGGCGCUGCGCUGCUGCUGGCGGCGCGGCGGAUGGAGAGGCUGGAGCAGGUUGCAGAGCAGUGCCGCCGAGCUGGCGCUACAUCGGUGCACAUUGUGCGGUACGACGCGACGCGACCCGAGGACGCGAUGUCGCUCGUCGAGACGGCCGCUGCCCGGCUCGGCCGCAUUGACACGCUCAUCUUGAACGCGGGAACGGCCGGCACGUGGUCGCGGCUGGAAGACCUUCCGAACACAGACGCGCUGCAUUGGCUGAUGGAGGUCAACUACUGGGGGUACGUGCGGGCGACGCACGCCGCACUGCCGCACCUCAAGCGCACGCGCGGGCGGGUGGUGGUUGUGAGCUCGUUCUACGCGCGGAUACCAGCGCCCUUCCAGGCCGGGUACGCAGCCACCAAGCACGCCCUGCACGGGUUCUUCGACACGCUGCGACCGGAGCUGGCCGCGCACGGCGUCAGCGUCACCGUGCACUGCCCGGGCGGCGUGAAGACGGAAGUGCAGCGCAAGUUUGUGCACGCGGACGACCGCCACCGGCACAUGGAGCUGAGCAUGCCCUCCUACCUCCUGGCGUCAUCGCGCGAGUGUGCCGCGUCCGUAUUGUGGGCUGCGUACCGCCGCAUGCGGGAAGCGUACUUCCCCCUUUACGCGGGGCUGGCUGUGGACGCCCGGACCGCGUUUCCGGCGGCGUUUGACAGCGCAUACACGUGGGUGGUGAACCGCCACGUGAGCCAGGACACCUUCUCCCUUGCUCCAGCAGCACACGCGGACCAGGAGCAGUGAAUGUGUGUGUGUGUGUUGUGCUUUG